AUGUCCCACACGCCAUCAGACAUCUUGGACCAGAUUGCGGCCGCCCGUGUCGCAUUUGAUAAAAAUGAAGCUGGUUCACGAGAAGCUUUGAUUGACCACAGUCGAGCGCUGAUUGCGUCACUAGAAAUUCCUAGCGAGUUCCCUGCCCAAACCGCAAUUGUUCGCAUGGCCGUCGAUGUCCAGCUUUUCCAACGCUUGCAGGAAGCAGGAUCCGAGGGGUUGAGCCCCUCAAUAUUGUCCGAAAAAACAGGCAUCGAUGUCACUCUCGUUCAACGACUGACAAGACAUCUGGUGGCUAUGAAUCUCGUGGUCUUCAAUGAUGGGGUGUUCCUAGCAACCAAAUUGAGUAACAACUUGGCAGCAAAAAACUACCAACACAGUAUUUCCUUCUGCUACGAUGUGUCGCGUCCAUCUUUCAAUGGAUUCCCGGAACAUUUCAAGAAGAAUGGAUACAAACCCCCGACUCUUAGUGGAACGGACGGGCCCUUUCAAUCAGCACAUAAGACUGAUUUGCCUUUCUUCGACUGGCUAGUCGCAACGCCACCUCACCUUGAACAAUUCAGUUCGUUCAUGGCCUCAUACCGCAACGGGAAGCCAGAUUGGUUCGAUUUCUACCCUGUACAGGAACGUAUGGUUGAAGGCUUCGAUUCCUCCUCCAACGACGCUCUUUUGGUUGAUGUCGGCGGUGGUAAAGGUCACGAUGUCGCUACCUUUGUCGCACGGUACAAGUCACACCCUGGCAAGGUUGUACUUCAGGACCGAGAGCCAGUCAUCGCCACCGUUGACGUUGGUGCUACCGGGCAAUUCUUUGAAGCACAUGCUCAUGACUUUUUUACCCCUCAGCCAAUUAAGGGUGCCCGCGCUUAUUCACUCCAUUCUAUUCUUCACGACUGGGGUGACGAGGAAAGCAUUAAGAUCAUUGAAAAUCUCGUCGGUGCGUUGAAAAGGGGGUAUUCGCGGGUCCUGUUCAAUGAAAUCGUUGUCAAUGAGCAGAAUCCCACUCUAGCAGCGACGAAUAUGGAUAUGAUGAUGCUGGCUCACUUGAAUGUCCGUGAAAGAACGGAGGGUGAGUGGAGAAGCUUGCUCGCUAAAGGUGGAUUGAAGGUGAUCAAGAUCCACAACUAUCCAGGCGUAGCAGAAAGCGUUAUUGAAGCGGAAUUGGCCUGA